GCUGGAGGGCAGCACAGCUCCUCGGUGACUUCCGGUUGCGGUGUGUGACGUAUGCGGAAGCGGUCAGCGGCAUCAUGUCCGUUUGUUUCAGCUGUGCGCGGACUGCAGUUGUUAUUGAUGCUUCAGUCCGAACUGUUCAGAGAGCGUUCAGCUGAAGCGUCUCCAGAAUGACGUCCGUCGUGAGCGACACGGCCGAGGCGGUGGAUCUGUGUCCCGAGUUCAGUCUGUACCUCAAACCCAUCGCCAAAAUCACGGUCAGCGUGGCUCUGCCUCACCUCAAGACGCCCGGCAAGUCCAUCUCCAACUGGGAGGUGAUGGAGCGCCUGAAGGCCAUGGUGCAUCCGGAGCAGUUCUCCUCGCUGCGCAUCUCCAAGAGCACCAUGGACUUCAUCCGCUUCGAGGGCGAGGUGGAGAACCGGAGCGCCGUCAAACGCUUGCUGGCCAAGCUGGACGGCAAGAGCAUCAAGCUCAGCGGCUUCACAGACGUCCUGAAGAUCCGCGCCGUCGAGCACAAAACGGACUUCCCCACCCGCCACGACUGGGACUCCUUCUUCCGAGACGCCAAGGACAUGAACGAGACGGUUCCCGGAGAACGGCCGGACACCAUUCAUCUGGAGGGGCUGCCAUGCAAGUGGUUCUCGCCCAAGGACGGCGUUCCCGACAGACCCUCGGAGGCGGCGCUCCGGACGGUUUUCCAGCGCUUCGGGAAGAUCCGGAACGUGGAUAUCCCGAUGCUGGAUCCGUACCGCGAGGAGAUGACCGGGAAGAACUUCAACACCUUCUCGUUCGGAGGACACCUGAACUUCGAGGGCUAUGUUCAGUAUCAGGACCACACGGGCUUCGUCCGGGCCAUGGACUCGCUCCGGGGCAUGAAGCUCCUGUUGAAGGGCGAUGAUGGGAAGGCCGUGGCCUGCAGCAUUAAGGUGACGUUCGACACAACUAAACACCUGAGUGAUUCGUCGCUGAAGAAGCGUCAGCAGGAGCGGCUGAAGCUGCAGGAGCUGGAGAAACAGAGAGAAGAGCAGAAGCGCCGAGAGAAAGAAGAGGAGGAGCGCCGCAAGGAGGAGGAGAGGAAGCAGCGAGAGCAGGAGGAGGAGGAGAAGGAGAGGAAGAGAGAGGAGAAACUGCGCAAGCGAGAGCAGAAGCUGAAGGAGAAGGAGGAGAAGAAGACGCAGAAGAAGCUGAAGAAGCAGCAGGAGGAGGAGCAGAAGAAGCUGCAGCUGAAGAUCUCUAUGGAGGAGCGCAAGCUGCUUCUGGCGCAGAGGAACCUGGAGUCCAUCCGGCUGAUCGCAGAGCUGCUCAGCAGAGCCAAGAGGCUGAAGCAGCAGCAGCUGGAGGAGCAGCAGGCGGAGCGCAGACGUCUGCAGCAGCUGGAGGAACGCAGGCGGCUGCAGGAGGACGAGCUGCGCCGCGUCGAGGCCGAGAAAGCACGAACGCUGGAGCUGCAGAGGAAAGAGCGUGAGCUGCGCGACAAACUGCUGGGAAACCUGCUCAAGAAGAGCACCAACACUGACGCCGUCCAUCUGGACCUGGAGAUCUGCGCCACGCAGACGCAGACGCAGACGCAGACGGAAAACCAGCACAGAGAAACCAGCGAAGCAAAGAAGCAGGAGAAGCGGAAAGAGACUGAAGCAGACGACGGCAGACGUGAACGCAGACGGCGCAGGUGGAGGCGCAGUCGCAGUCGCAGGCGGAGCAGAAGCCGGCCGCGGCGCAGACGCAGCAGGAGACACAGCCACGGCCAGAGCAGCAGCAGCAGCCGCAGUCAGAGAGAAAGCAGCAGCCGCAGUCGCAGCCGCGGCCGCAGACACUCGCACCAGCGAUCCAGACGAUACUGAGAGACAAACCUGCUGCGGGAGCCUCAGCAAAACACCACCAGGUCACGUUCACCCUGAGAAUAGAACACAAAACAGAAGAAAAUGCAUUUUGCGUGAAGAAAGUGAGGCCUGAUUUAGGACCAGUAAGACCCCCAUGUUAUAAGGAACGUGAAGCCUGUUUUAGAGCCUGUUUUAUAAGUGUUUAUUUAAUUUAGUUUAUUUCUUUUCCCAGCAAAUUAUGUUGCCUAUUUAAGAAUUAAGAUUUUUUUUCUUUCAUUUAAAAAAAAAAAAAUUAUUAAUUAUUAAUUUAAUUUUUAAUUUUUAUUUUUAUUCUCCUGCAAAUGAUGUUGCCUAUUUAAGGAUUAUUAAGAUUUGUUUUUCAAUGUUUAAAAUUUUUUUUUUUUUUUUUUUUUUAAGAUUUUUUUAAUUUUUCAGUUUUAUUUUUAUAGGUUUUAUUUUUCUCUAGCAAAGAAAAAAAAUCAUUAAGAACAUGAAGCCUGUUUUAGGACCGUUUUUUUCAUUUUUAUUUGUAUUAUAAUUUAGUUUUAUUUCAAGUUAUUUAGGGUUUACUUCAAAUUCUCAGUAUAAUUUCUGUAAUGCGUUUAUAAAUCUUGCUUUUGAAUUUGUUUGUGAUUCUCAUUAGAUUUUUCAUUAAAGUUUUAACACUAAAUUUGACUGUAAAAUUAAAAGUAGUACAAAAAAUAAAUAGCAUGAUGUGUAAAUGCCUUACAUUUGAAAUACAUUUUUUUAAAUUUUUAUUUUAUUUGAACGACUAAUGAGAAUCAGAAUUUUUCACAUCAUGAUAAUAAAUGUGUAGGAAAAAAUGCAAGAAAAUGUCAAAACAAUCCCUAAAUACAGUCCCUAACAUUAGGCCUUCUUUAAUACAAUUGCUUCUGUUUUUCUUCUGCUUUUGAGGUGAAAUGUGAGCUGGGUGUUUUUCUGACGGUGUGAUUUGUUUGAGUUUAAUGCUGUUGAGUUGAUCCUGACUGUGUUUUCUGGACGAGAUCUGCACAGUUCAGUCGAGUUUGACAUGUGAUUGCUUUUCUUUCGUUCCUCUGCUUCAGAUUCACAGACUGAACUGCGUUUGAGUCUGUACUGAAGAUCUGCUUUAGUUUCUGUGUUAUUAUACUCCAUAGACCACAAUCCUCGGUUCAUGACUUGAAUUUUAAGUUGUAGAAAGUGUUGUGAGAGUUUAAUAUUAUCCGUUCGUUUCAAGCAUCUCGUGUGCUUUUGUGUAGGAAUAGGAAGGUUUUAACGGGGAAUUCAGCUUUGUUUUCCUCGACUCAAGUGCAGUAUAGAAGUCAUUAUCGAGACUCUGAAGACGUAUAAACUCACGUUACUGAUCUCAAUAAAGCAGUGCUUUGGA